UUUUCGCUUCUGUUUUUAUUUUCAGCUUUCAACAAACUUAGGCAACAUCUUCUGAACUAUUUCUGGGACAUGCCUGAUAUGUCGAACAUCCCCGAAGGAGCAAAUACCACCUCCACCGUUAAGAUAAUUAACGGCCAUGUGGUAACAAUCAACGAGACGACUUACUCCUCUGGCGACGACAUGAGCGGUACCGCGUUCCGCAUUCGCAUAAUCGAUGUGAAGCCACUGAAUGACACCGACGCGAUCGCCGGAGGCAACGCGGGACCAAACGCGGGACCGACGACGGUGAAUCCGGAGACACCGGAGAGCCGCGAGACGGUCGAAGACUUCAACAACGAGAUAUCGAAAAGCACGGACACGCUGACCGCUUGAGAGACAGUCGGCUGUCGGUUUGAACUGGAACAUGCCGGUAACCGGCCAGUUUCCAGUUGAAAUUUCGGGGGAAAGGAAGAAUGACCUUUAUCACGUGGCUGUAGUAGAGUAACUUGCAGUGCCACAUACCGAGUGUGCAUUGCAGAUUAAAGUAAACGUUAUUGUAAUAUAUUACAUAUUAUAUAUAUACAUAUAUAUGUAGUUGUGUUUCUGUUGUUUCCUGUCGCUUUUCGAUACGAUCGAUAGUUACUUUCCUGUAUCUCUCUAGGAAAGAAAAAUUUUUUCGUCGCUGGAAGGAUAAGCUGGGAUAUUUAUAGAUACGUAAAUAAUAUAUGAGCAAUACGAGUUGAAAAGGGGAAGGGAUUAAUUGGUUUCAAUUAAAGUAAUUUAUUUGAUUUGAAUUAAAUAACUAAAAGCUUUUAAACGAAUGCUAAAUUAAAAUCCUCGAUUAAACGUAAAACUAAAAUUGAUAGAAUUUGAAACGCUUCUUGUUUUUCUGUGAAUGAUCAGAUUCUAUAUGGGCUAUAUGGGGACUAAAAUGGGCUUAAGAAACAUCCAUCGAUAAUUAAUAUAGAAAUAAUAUGUUACUUUAUGAUUUCUUAAUAGCUUAAUCAGUAAUAUUAUAAAAAAUAUUUAGAUGGGUAAUAUAUACAAAUUAUGACAUAUAAUUGCUAUGAUCCUUUUAUUUCCUACAAUUCGUUCACAUUCCUACACAUCACAUUCGUCUCGAAUAUGGCAUGUCCAUGAAUAAUAAUAUUACAUGAAACCACACUUUUAUUUAUAUAGAUCAAGAGACUCCUAAUUACACCACCUUCAAUGUGUAGAGCAAACUCACCUUCAACGAGAUUGCUGUGGGCUGAAUUCCACAGCUAAAAAUCGUAGGAGACGGAAAAAUUAGAGUCAAUCGAGCUCGAACUUGAGAUUGCGUAUUUUAUAACUUUUACCAAUAAUGUCGUUAUCAUUAUGUUAUGCAAUUUUUUCAUUAUAUAUUAUGCAUAAUGACAAGAUAACGAUAAUGAUACUAUCGUUAAAAGUAACAGAAUAAGUCUAUAGGAUCCUUUGGUUGCUACAUGCGACAUUUAAUCUGCGAUAGCUCCCUACAGAACUGUGUAUUUUUCAGACUGAUUACUUUAAACCCCUUUCUAAUUUGUAAUAUGUUUAUAAGUCCAUAUAUAUCCGAUAUUUCGAAAUGAUGUUAAAGGUUUUUUAUAUAUUUUAUAAAUUACUGGAAAUGAAACUGGUAGCUAUUAUAUGAUAUUUGGUAAUCGACAUAAAUUUUUUAUAUAUAAUUCUUGCAUAUCUCGUUUCUGACUGAUAUAAAUGCAAAAAAAGUGAAAGCAUUGACAGACGGAACCAAAUAUUUCGUGUAUCACUAAUAUGUUAUGCUAGUUUACUAGCCAGUAUUUAUAUAUAUGCAAGGCCAUUUUGUAAUAACUAAUUUUACCACUUUAUCGUCCGCCAAGUGAAAUCUAUCUAUGCCAAUCCAGCUUGUCUUGAUUCACGCGACCAAAUACGAAUGUGAAGUAGAAUAUGUCACAUUACUUUGUGUACUUAUGGUAUGAAGGCUUCUAUCCUGUGAAAGAUUGCAAAGCUGUGUGUUAUUUAAUAAAUCUGUGCUUUUCCCAUGCGCAUCCUGAUAUCCCGUCCCUUUCUAGUUUCCUCGGUAAUAGCAUCUUUAGUAUCCAAAAAA